CAUUUUAUCCUUCAAUUAGUAGUUUCGUAUUUUAUUUGAACAUCUUAUUUGUUUUUUGAUGCAAAUGGCAAAAAACACAGCUAAAAUCUUUGACCAUUGACUAAUCAAUAUGAAAACCCAGCUCAAUUUGAAUCCUGUUUAGAGUCAACUUUCCAAUUAAACCUUCAAUUUUGGUUUCUGAUGCGAUUUGGGGAAAAGGGUAUCAAUUGAUUUCUUGAAUAAUCCCUCAAUUGAUUAGGGUUUUUUUUUGGGGGGGUUUGAUGAUGAAGAAAUUAGGGUUUUUGUUUUCUGUUUUAAUUAGCUAUUUGGUAGUUGUUGAAUCAAUCUGUAGUAGAGGUUGUGAUUUGGGUUUAGCUUCAUACUAUGUUCAGUCAGGUGAUACUCUUCUUGUCAUAGCAAAUCACUUUCAAACUUCAACUGCUGAUAUUAUGAGCUAUAAUCCCCAAAUCACGGAUGAAAAUAGCAUUCAAAGGAAUAUCCGGAUUAAUAUUCCGUUUUCUUGUAAUUGUAUAAAUGAAAGUUUUCUUGGUCAUAAUUUUAGUUACCAGAUUGAGACUGGCGAUACGUAUACAACUAUUGCAGCAAACAAAUAUGCCAAUCUUACUACUGCUAGUUGGCUUCAGAAUUUUAAUAACUAUACGGCGACUAACCUUACAGUUAGUGGCAACCUUAAUGUGAUUAUUAACUGUUCUUGUGGAAAUAGCAGCGUGUCCACGGAUUAUGGGUUGUUCAUUACUUAUCCACUUCGUCCUGGUGAUAGCUUAAGCUCUAUUGCGCGGACAGCUAAUUUGAAUGCGAGUUUGUUGCAGAGGUAUAAUCCUGGUGCAGACUUUAAUGAUGGAAAUGGGCUCGUUUAUAUUCCUGGAAGAGACAAAAAUCAAAAUUAUCCUCCAUUGAUUUCAGAAUCAAGCCCAGGACCAGGUGGACCUUCCAAAGGAAUUUCUCUUGGAGCCAUAGCUGGUAUAUGUGUGGCAGUUGGAUUAUGUGUGCUCUUGAUUGCUUGGUAUCUUGUCUAUAUAAGAAGAAAGAAGAGGAAAGCAGCAGCGUUACUUUUUGAUAAGCCCCAGUUAACACCAGCUGCUGUGGCUGUUAAUCCUAAGCAUCCUGGCAUAGCAGUUGAUAAGUCAGUGGAGUUUUCUUAUGAAGAGCUUGCAAACGCUACUAGUAAUUUCAGUUUGGCUAACAAAAUUGGUCAAGGUGGAUUUGGAGCUGUUUACUAUGGGGAGCUAAGAGGCGAGAAAGCAGCUAUCAAGAAGAUGGAUAUGCAAGCAACAAAAGAAUUUCUUGCUGAACUGAAGGUCUUGACACAUGUUCAUCACCUGAACUUGGUUCGCUUGAUUGGAUACUGUGUUGAGGAUUAUCUCUUCCUGGUAUAUGAGUAUAUUGAAAAUGGAAACUUGAGUCAACAUUUGCGUGGUUCAGGAAAAGCUGUUCUGCCAUGGCAUGCCAGAGUACAGAUUGCUCUUGAUUCAGCAAGAGGUCUUGAAUAUAUCCAUGAGCACACUGUACCUGUCUACAUCCAUCGUGAUAUUAAAUCUGCUAACAUAUUGAUUGACAAUAAUUUCCAUGCAAAGGUUGCAGAUUUUGGAUUGACAAAGCUAGUGGAGGUUGGAAAUGCGUCUUUACCAACUCGUUUAGUGGGCACAUUUGGAUACAUGCCGCCAGAGUACGCCCAAUUUGGUGAUGUCUCUCCCAAAGUAGAUGUUUUCGCUUUUGGUGUUGUUCUCUUUGAACUCAUAUCAGGCAAGGAAGCUGUGGUAAAAGGAAGUGAAUCAUCUCUUCAACCACAGGGCCUUGCUACUUUGUUCCAGGAUGCUUAUAGUGAGUCUGAUCCGAACAGUAUAUGCAAACUAGUGGAUCCGAAACUUGGAGAAGACUACCCUCUGGACUCUGUUUUCAAGAUGGUAGAGCUAGCAAGAGCAUGUACUCAUGAGAAUCCCGAACUGCGACCUAGCAUGAGAUCUGUUGCAGUUGCUUUGAUGUCCUCCUCAUCAACCAUAGAAAAUUGGGAUACAGGUUCGUUCCAUGAAUAUGGCCUUAGAAAUCUUGGGUCUGGAAGAUAGCAGAAAAUGGAGGAUGCUAACAUAUAUCUUCUACCAAUUCUUUUUAAAUGUAAUCAGUAAAUGACAUUGAAUUAUUGAUAUAGAUAGAUUUUCAGUUGUGGUAUGGUCUCAUGAUCUUUUUCCACACUUGUGUCUUCUAUUUUUUUUUUAAAUUUACAUCUUUUUAUUGAAUCUAGCGUUGUUCAAACAUUCGGACUAGCCUAACUCGAAGUGACAUUGUAAAAUUUUCUUUUCUUGUGUAUAAUUGAAUAGUGAAUUGAAAGGUUUUGUUGUAGUUGUUGAUAAAA